UCUUGGUGACAGAGUAAGAAUUAGACCUGGUGAAUUUCUUUAUGAUUUCUUCUUUUUUUAUUGCUACAAUUUUUUAAAUGUUACAAAGCAAGCAGGCUGGAAUGGGUGUCAUGUGUUCAAAUCUUCUGGUGCCUGCUGUUCAUCUGGCUGCUUGCAUUUUGCACAAAGCCCAGCUUCUGACACUCUUCAAGGGCAGCCCCACAGAGAGCACACUGUACGAAUCUAAUUCAUUGGCCCAUUCUGAUGCUUUCAGAGCACAGCAGGCCAGGGAAACCAGGGUCAUCCACAGAAGAGAAUUGUUGUAUUCCAUCAUGAGUUCUGAAUUAAACGUCCCCGUGGACCCGCCUGCUGCUGCCUGCUGCACUGAGCCGACCGUCAAAGGCAUGGACUAUCGGGACUGGGUCCGCCGCAGUUACCUGGAGCUGGUCACAUCCAACCAUCAUUCCGUUCAGGCCCUUUCAUGGCGGAAGUUGUACCUGAGCAGAGCCAAGCUGAAAGCCUCCAGCCGGACCUCUGCGCUGCUUUCUGGGUUUGCCAUGGUGGCGAUGGUCGAGGUCCAGCUGGAGAUGCAGUACCAGUACCCUCAGAUGCUGCUGAUCGCCUUCAGUGCCUGCACCACGGUCUUGGUCGCGGUCCACCUCUUCGCCCUCCUCAUCAGCACUUGCAUCCUGCCCAACGUGGAGGCCGUGAGCAACAUCCACAACCUGAACUCCAUCAGCGAGUCCCCCCAUGAGCGCAUGCACCCGUACAUUGAGCUGGCCUGGGGCUUCUCCACUGUCCUGGGCAUCCUCCUCUUCCUCGCCGAGGUCGUGCUUCUUUGCUGGAUCAAAUUCCUGCCCGUGGAUGCCAUGCUCAGCAGCAACACCACCGGCACACCGAGCACCAGCCAGCACACGGGCUGGCAGGCGGCCCUCAUCUCCACCAUCAUCAUGGUCCCUGUGGGGAUCAUCUUUGUGGUCUUCACCAUCCAUUUCUACCGCUCCCUCGUCCGCCACAAGACGGAGCGCCACAACCGGGAGAUCGAGGAGCUUCACAAGCUGAAGGUGCAGCUGGAUGGGCACGACAGAGGGUUGCAGGUGGUGUGAUGCCAGGGUGCCUUCGUGUUCCCGCUCGUGCUUUUGGUACAGCAGCCACCAGAAAUAGACCAGAAACACUCCCAAAGGCCUUUAACCCACAUAAGGCCUAUGAACCACUGCCCAGCAAUGGUGUUUCAGCAACUCGCUCUGGUCCUUCAUAUCCACAGACGUUAUUGCCAAGUGGUUGAUACCAAAGCCGUGACCUACAUCCAGGCAGGCAUUUGAAGACUAACAGAUUCUUCUGCUUUCCGAAUUUUCAAAACCGACUGAAGCAUGGGGCCAGGGAUUCGACUGGUUUUUCACUGGCAUCCAUUUUAGUGAAGUAGCUUUGGGUUUUGGAAUGUGGAAGGGAUCUGGUACUUGCCAGUUCUCCUUCUGGCAAUCAAUUUACAAACCUUAAUUCCGGAGUUGAGUUUGUAAAUCUCCGUAUGUCAACACAUUCUCUGAAAACCUGUGAAAUGUCUGUACUUGGAGACCUUUUGUAUAGAAUAUAUUUCUGGAAUAAUACUGGGAGGGGGGGGAGGUGUGAUUUGCGCCAAGACGCUCUUCCUCUGUUCAUGUCUGUUUAUUGUGUUUCCUCAUUUUCUGAAGCCGCCUUAGGGUAAGAGACUGUUCUUAUCGAGAGAGAAUGCUUUUUUGGCCAAGGAGCUCCAAUGCUUCUAGAUAAUGAGGAUGCAUUUUGGAUAAUGCAUCCCUGAAAGAGCUGGAGAUGGGCUGCUCUUAAACAGAGCGACAAAAGAAAUGAAGGGCUGCAAAGAGCAAUCUGUCACAUUUUUACAUGCAUAGCGCUGCACAGUUCAGAUAUGAUAGCAUAACCAAAGUCUCACCAUGCGUCUCUCUGAAGCGAUAGCCGAAACGCUGCUCUGCUAACAGAAAUGCAUCUAGAAUGGACACACUGUCCACUUGGAAAGGCCGGGAGUGCAGUUUGCCAGGCUGCCUAAAGCCUGUGGGUUGACCCAGGUCUGUGCAAGCGGAUCAGGUGGACCAACACCAUUGCUUGAGUGUGCGUGCGUGCGUGUGCAUACUCAGGCAUGCACAAAGCCAUUAUAUGGCACAGAAAAAGGAGGGGGCCAUGACAUCGUCUGGAUGUGGCGAUGGUUCUGGGGCCUCCUUUCGAGAAGCGUUCUGGCCCCUAAAGACCUGGCUGCUUUCGCACAAAUCAGAAUUCAUGCUGACAGAUUCUAAGAAGGCUGGCUGACUGAAGUCUAAAUGGCAAAAUUGAUCUGCGGGCUUGCAAGUGGGAGUGUGAGAGUCCUGCUGCUUCUUACGAUCCUGAAAUGCGGGGUGCUGGUUGAAUCUAGUUGGGAGAAACGGAGCUCUGCAUUUCGAAGCACCCCUUUAUCAUCAACAAGGAGCUGAGAUGACUCUUUCGGCAAACCUGCGCAGCAUCAGAGCGGCCCCUCAGAGCCACCAUGCCCCCGUUUCACAGCGAUUUUGGGCUCAUUGGCAUUACCGUGCUAUGCCAACAGCAGGGUAUGGUUUGAGGAAACGUUUGUGCUAAGCUAGAACUGUGCCAUACUGAAUACUCGGUGUGGGCAGAGCAGUAACAAGGAAAAGCAGCACUUAAGUGUUGCCAAAAGAUUUAAAUUAAUAUUCUGUACAGUGAUAAUGUGUACCGAGUAGCUAAUCCUGCUGACUCCUUUUCCAUGUUUUGUUGCGUGCAGGAUACACUAACAAUAGCAUAACUAAUAGGCAUAUUUGCAUUUACCUUUCCUAACUCCUCGCUCAACAUGUAUUAGUUGUGAACUCUGCCGCAACUGGCAUUUAUUAAAUACUUCUAAACUUU